UAUAGCCAAGCAUCUUGGUGAUACCGUGAAGUCGUUUGUUGUGACAAUGGGAGACCGGCGCGACUACGAUGGUGGAAGACGAAGAUCAAGUAGUGCAGACCGUGGCAGCCACCACGGAUUUGACCGACGAGAUGACAGGAGGGAUGAUCAAUACCACCGGCGCUCGCCUCCACGUUGUUUUAGCUGUAAUGAAAUUGGUCAUUACGCUAAUCAUUCUCCUAAUCGCUGGCAUGCACCGGAAGCGAAGCCGUCGACGUUGUACGAUGUGAACCGUGGUCGAUCGGCAUCCCCAAGGAAGGGCUUCGGUGCGACGAGUAUGGCCACCAAACAAGAAUCUAAGGAAUUGCGACACAAGAUCAAGGAAUUGAAUAAGAGCCUUGCAUCGGUCUCGGAGUUUGUUUUGGCUGAGAAGGCAAGGAAAGCUGAGGAGGAGCGUUUACGUUUAGAAGCUGAAGCGGAAGCGGGACGAUUGGAGUCAAAGGCGAAGGUGAGGACGAAGCUAUCACCAUAUGUGGAGAAGCUUAAGAAGACCCCAGGACAACCAAGUACUGUCGAGAAGCUGCGCUUUCGUAACCAACAGAUGAAAGACCUUCGAGCUCUCGGAGCUUUGGAACUUCAGGGGAUCUGCAAGGAUGAAGGAGUGGCUUACAAUGACACAGUCGACGCGAUAUUCGAUAUCGCGAGUUACCGUACCAGGGUUCAUUUUGGGGACAUCGAACCAAUCGAUCUGUCGAUUGUUGCGGACUAACCGGAUGAAGAAUCGACAACUGCUGAUGAUGAAGUCACCGAACAAGAGGCUUGAUGUGUUUACGGAUCAUACGAGAUU